GUUGUUUCGUUGCAGUUUUCCGCCCUCCUUUUGUCCCAGAGAAACCGGUUAGUCCGUGACCGUCCCCUUUAAAACAGCUCUAUCGGGAAUCAUAAUUUCUUUAAUGUCUAUAUUUUAUGUAAGCAGAUAUAAUCUCUGAUCAGAUCACAACGUUGAAUAGCAGGAACAGGAGAAGUAGCCCGUCAGCUUUUGUUUAGAUGGAGACUAUUUCUUCUGGUGGACUACUUCUGUGAUAUAGUUAAAAACUGCGGGCCACACCAUUUAAUUUUCAAGGGUCAGUAUAAUUUUCUGAACAUGCUGUCAAAGUAGGUUUUCGUGAAGAACAGGGUUGUCGAAGCCAGGUGGUAGGAGACGCAGUGACUGGAAAGGGAGUGCGCAAUACAUCGUCUCGGGUAUAGUCGAGCUCUCUUAAAUUCAUCAGUGACUGUUAUUCUUCAUGGCACUGCUUUCUUAACACUUUCACAGACAAGUCAUAUUUGAAGGACACAGUCAUUGUCUGAUUACCACCUCAAAACGGAGUUGGACAGAGGAAGAGAGGGAGGGAGAGAUAGAUCAAAAAUCUGUUUCUCUCCCUCUCACUCUCUUUCAUUCCCCCCUCUUAAGCAAAUAUUUAGCCUAGAGAAGGUAUCCAAAACAGGCUGAGAGUCACUGCAGUCUAAACCACAAGGCAAACAGUGUUUCUGUGGCCUGUCUGAACCAUGACAACACCAUCUUCACCUCUUGCCUCCCCUUGCUCCUGCCCUCCGCCUGCACCGUCCCUUCCCUCAUCCCCAACCCCAUCAUCUCCUGCUCCCUCCUCACUCCCAUUGCCCCCCUCCUUGCCCCCUACGGGUGAGGUGAUGGUCUUGGCCCUGGGAAGGAAGAAGCAGAGGCUUUUCAUUGCCAUCUCCAUUUUGCCGAACCUCUUUCUGGCGUUCCUGCUGUCCUCUGACCCCCUGCUGACCCUGGCAUCACCUCACCACUGCUCCCUUCCGGGGCUCACCCCUACGCCCGAGGUGCUCAACGCCACGCUGCCCUGGGAGAAAGGCAGCAGGGAGGGUGAGAAUGGAGCACUCUCUCAGUGCACUCAGUACAUGCUUGUCAAUGGCACCCAGUCUGGUGUGGAGGACUGUCAAGAUGGGUGGGACUACAACGUCACAGAAGGCCUGAGGAGUAACAUUGUCACUGAGUGGGAUCUGGUGUGCACUCAGUACUGGCUGGUCCCAGUGGAGGAAGUGUGCUUCAUUCUGGGCAUCCUCACAGGCUGUCUGGGUAUUGGAUAUGCUGCUGACCGACUGGGUAGGCUGAAGACUCUGCUUACCUCUCUCACACUGUCUGUGGUUUUUGGCACUCUAGUAUGUGUCUCUCCCUCACCCCCCAUCUUCAUUGCCAUGCGAUUCUGUCUGGCUGCAGCCAGUGCUGGUGUCUACCUCACCUUGUAUAUCGCACGUUUGGAGCUGUGUGACCCUUCACUUCGUCUUGUGGUCACCAUGAUUGCAGGACUGACAACAGUUGCUGGGGAGCUUUUGUUGCUAGGUGUAGCUCUUGGCUGCCAGUCAUGGAGAGGCCUGUUAGGAACUGGUGCUGCCCCACUUUCUCUGUUCCUCUGCUAUGGUAUUCCAGGGGUCUUUCCAGAGUCUCCCCGCUGGCUCUUGCUCUCAGACAGGACGAGUGACAUGAAUUCCUUCAGUGAACGUAGUGACCGACAAAGAGAUGAUGAUAGUUUCACAGAGCUGGAGACAGAGGCACCAUCCUCUGGGCAUCCCCACCUGUCCUUCCCAGAACUACUGCACAGCAGAAACAUCUGGAAAAACAUAUGUGUUCUGGGGUUCACCUCGUUCAUCUCUCAUGGCAUUAGUCACUGCUACAGUUCUUUCAGGGGUGAUGUCAGAGGCACUACUCCCAGCUUCUACUGGACCUACCUGCUAUCUGUUUGUGCAGGAGGAGGUGCCUGGCUGUUGCUCUGGGCAACAGUUGAUAGGUGUGGCCGCCGUGGAAUACUCCUGCUGACCAUGACCAUGACAGGACUUGCAUCUCUCAUCUUACUCGGGUUAAUGGAGUAUCUGAGUGAGGCGGCAAUUACGGUGUUCUCAGUGAUGGGCUUAUUCUCCUCGCAAGCUGCAGCCUCUCUCUGUGUGCUCUUCACUGCUGAAAUCAUGCCCACCAUCAUCAGACUCACUACUGAGUUGGAAGGAGCAGGCUGGAAUCUUGGAACUUUAGAUAACCCUCAAUCCACCAAACCACCUAAAGUUUCAGCCAACUCCAAUAGGUCUGCAGGUUUGGAAAUGGGGAGUGCUUGCUAAUGAUGCUGCCUUUAUCAGGAUGUUUUGAACUCUAUUCUUAAACUUGGCAUUUGGCCUUUUAGUUGGUUCUCCAGAGUCAUGCUCUGAGCACAAGUGUGGAAAGGGGUCAAAGAAACUGAAAAGAGUUAUGUAGCCUUCUCUUGUAACCAUCUCUCUGUCAAUUUGUGUUAGUUUCUUUAAGAUAUUGCACCUAAUAAUUCAUUAUUGGUAGUAAUAAUAUUAAUGAUUUUUAUAUCUGAUAAAAAUCACUUGACAAUAGUAAUAAAUCUUAAUGACCAAUUGCUUGAGAUUAUUUACAAAGUAAUAGCAGUACUGUAAUUAAGUUAUUAACUCUUUAACGAAAUUUAAUUGACAAUAAAAAUGCUGAAAAUUAA